AUGGCGCAAAAAACCACACUGAAGGAGUUCGAGUCCAUCUUCCCAAAGCUGGAGGAGGUCCUCCUGGCACAUGCCCAGCACUACAACCUCCCGAAAGGGGAGCUUGCUUGGUACAAGGCGAGCUUGGAGACAAACACACUCGGCGGAAAAUGCAACCGCGGCAUGUCCGUUCCCGACUCGGUGUCCCUGCUGCUCGGCAAGGCACUUUCGGAGGAGGAAUACUUCCACGCCGCGACUCUAGGCUGGAUGACGGAGCUGCUGCAGGCCUUCUUCUUGGUCUCUGACGAUAUCAUGGACAGCAGCAUCACCAGGAGAGGCAAGCCAUGCUGGUAUCGCCAGGAGGGCGUGGGUAUGGUCGCCAUUAACGACGCCUUCAUGCUCGAGUCCGCCAUCUACACCCUGCUGAAGAAGUAUUUCCGCUCGCACCCCGCCUACGUUGACUUGCUCGAGCUCUUCCACGAAGUCACCUACCAGACCGAGAUCGGCCAGCUGACAGACCUCCUCACCGCCCCCGAGGACAAGGUCAACCUGGACAACUUCUCCAUGGACAAAUACCGCUUCAUCGUCAUCUACAAGACCGCAUACUACUCCUUCUACCUCCCUGUCGCACUCGCUCUUCACCAACUCAACAUUGGCACCCCGAAGAACCUGAAGCAGGCCGAGGAUAUCCUCAUUCCUAUGGGCGAAUACUUCCAGAUUCAGGACGAUUAUCUUGAUAACUUCGGCCUGCCGGAGCAUAUUGGCAAGAUUGGAACUGAUAUCAUGGACAACAAGUGCUCAUGGCUCGUCAACCAAGCUUUGGAGAUUGCGACUCCUGAGCAGAGAAAGAUCCUCGAGGAGAACUACGGUCACAAGGACAAGGCCAAGGAGGCUGUCAUCAAGAAGCUGUACGAUGACAUGAAAUUGGAGAAGCGCUACCAGGACUACGAGGAGAAAGUGGUAGGCGAGCUACGGGAGAAGAUCUCCAAGAUUGACGAGAGCGAAGGCUUGAAGAAGGAGGUUUUUGAGGCUUUCCUGGCCAAGAUCUACAAGCGCAGCAAAUAA